CGCAGGGAGGCUGCUACCCUCAGUCGCACUCUGUUGAUCGCCGCGAUCACACCGCUUUCCCGCGCGUUUCGUUUUAACUCGGAACCGACGUGGUUUCGACCCGCUAUUGUCUUGUCGCAGCUUUCGCUGAAUCUCGCAUAAAAGUCAUGAGGAAAUGAGAAUUUAAGUGACGGGUGUCAUGUAAAUUUUUGGGAGAAUAUCAAGGAAUUUUGAUGAGCAGAGCCUAGAAACAAUUAGAUGAAAGUUCGGAAGAAAUCUGACCGAAUGUGCCAGAAAUUGCACGACUGCUUUACCGCUUAAAACCCAACUCGAAUUUUCUACCCUUAAAAUUCUUUGAUCUAGUCGUUUCUAAUUUGCGGUACGCACUCCGGAACAACCUUCGAAACCGAGAGGAUUUUUAUUUGUUACGGUUCUCAUAAUGGUAGACCUCGGUCGGUGUUCGAAAUGGAAAUGCUCUCUUGAAGCAAUGUGACAAUCGUUUGACGGAGAAAUUGUUGUUUCAAAAACGAUUUUUUUCUUAUUCUCUAUUUCAGUGUUGGAAAGAGUAUUUAGUCGCUGACCAGCAACGAUUUACGCGGAAAAAAUAUGUGUGUUGUCCGAAAAAAAUAAUUAUGUGAACGCGUGAGCUCUGGAUUUUUGUUUUUAUCAGUUGUUCGAAUCAAGUGUUAUCCGACUCAUCUCAGCUGAGUGACGCGAUCUUUGUUGCUCAGUACUGAAUGGGUCACCAUGGACAAAGUGUUGGUGACGUGUUGCCUCCUCGGACUCCUGCUGUAUUACAACACGCUAAACGCUGGCUUCGUAUACGAUGACAGCCGGGCGAUUCUGAGCAACCCGGACGUGCUGCCGUCGACGCCGCUGCUGAACGUCUGGACGAACGACUUCUGGGGGACCCCGCUGAGCUCCCGCUCCUCGCACGGCUCCUACCGUCCCCUCUGCAUGAUGGCCUUCCGCCUCGACUACUCCUUCUGCGGCCUCAAGCCGGCCUGCUACCACAUCACCAACGUGGCCCUCUACCUCCUCUCCAUCGUCCUCGUCGCCCAGCUCGCCCGCGCCCUCCUCCCCCCCGGCCCCGCCAAACUCGCCGUCCUCUUCUUCACCGUCCACCCCAUCCACACCGAGGCCGUCGCCGGCAUCGUCGGCCGCGCCGAUCUCCUCUCCUCCAUCUUCUACCUCUUCUCCCUCCUCAGCUACCUCAAGCACAUCAAGUACAGAAACAGGACUGCCCGACACGGUGACCUCUACUGCGCUCACAACUCCAAACAACGUGCCAGAGUCGCCUCGAAACGCAAUGGAAAAUCCCAUUGUAACGGUACGCUGAUUUACAGUAAUGCUAACAACCACGUCGAUGAAACCUCAAAACGCAACGGAAAAAGCCAUUCUACUGCUGUAACGUCCGCGUAUGUAAAUGGCGGUAGCCACAUCAGUGACGUCACGCAAGUAUCAAAACGAAAAGGCCAUUAUAACGGCGUGACGUUUAGUAAUGGUACUAACCACAUCGGUGAAAUCUCAAAACGCAACGGGAAGGUUCAUAGUGAUGGUGCCACGCAGACGUAUAGUAAUGGUAGUGACGUCACGCAAACAUCAAAGAACCAUUGCAAUAGGACGGUGCUCCUACACGGGGCGUCAAUACAUUGUAAUGGUGAUGCGCUGCACGAACACAGCCCAAAAGAGUAUUCUAAUGGAGAUGUAAAGCCAAAAACAUACUGGAACGGUUCUUUGCAUUCGCAGAGUCUUGGCAACGGAACAAGCGGCGAUACGGAACUGAGAGGCUUGAAGAACGGUUGCCAUCAAGUCAACGGGAACGGAACGCCGAACGGAUUGAUCUGCGGUUCGAUGCACAACGGUUCUGCGUACGGGGAUUUUAAGAGUUUCUGCGGUCGGAACGGGUUCUGCAACGGUUUGAACGGGUUCUCGCGCAAGUCCAAGCAGUUCUCCGUGCGGUUGAAAGUGCUCGAGUUCCUCGUGAAGCUGAGCGUCAGUUUUUCGAGCUGCGGUAUCAGGAAAAGUGUCGGGAGUGUCUUGGGGCGGUUGACCGGCGCCGAGUUUCAGGAGCGCCGCGAUCACGUUUGUCAGUGGGGGUCGCUCGCGCUGACGGUGUUGUUCGCGAGCGCCGCCAUGAUCAGCAAGGAGACCGGGGUCACGGUCUUGGCCGUCUGCGCUGUCUUGGAUCUCAUCCACUCGAGGAGGACUCUGUCGUUUAAGGACCCGACGAUGAACCGAAGCCUGAUGGUGAUGGGCUGCUCGGGGAUCCUGCUGCUCCUCUUCCGGGGGUACAUGAUGGGCUCGACGGCGCCGACGUUCGCGACGGCCGACAACCCGACCGCCAAGUCGGCCUCCCUCUUCGUCCGCACGGCCACCUUCCUCUACCUGCCCGUCUUCAACCUCUCCCUCCUCCUCCUCCCGCUCCAGCUCUCCUUCGACUGGUCCAUGGACGCCGUCCCGCGCAUCCACAGCCUCCUCGACCGCCGCAACCUCUUCUCCCUCCUCUUCUACCUGGCCCUCUACAAGCUCGCCCACAACUCAUACCGCGGGAUUCUCCUCGAGCAGGACCGCAAGUGCCCGCCCCCGGACCGGAAGUGCGCCUACAGCGUCACCCGCGUCGAGUGCAAGACCUGUAAGCAUCUCCGCACCCACCACAACAUGCGGGAGCUGUGUGCGUGCGCCAGCCGCAAGUCCACCAAGUGCAGGUGCAGCCGGAAACUCCUGCGACGGCCGCUGCCGCUGGCGGUGGAUCGCGGGCGCUUGCUGGGUCACCACCAGACGGUGCUGGUGUGCCUGGCGCUGACGGCACUUCCGUUCCUCCCGGCGACGAACUUCUUCUUCUACGUGGGCUUCGUCGUGGCCGAGCGGGUGCUGUUCACGCCGAGCGUGGGGUUCUGCUUCCUGAUGGCCCUCGGCUGCGGGCUCCUGGAGCGGCGCAGCAACUGCCGCAUCGUCCGCGGCCUCGCUUACAUCGUCCUCAUCGUCUUCAGCGCCCGCACCGUCCACCGCAACCGCGACUGGCUCGACGAGGAGUCCCUCUACCGCGCGAGCCUCCGCAUCAAUCCGCCCAAAGCCUACGGGAAUCUAGGAUCGGUUCUCAGCUCUCAGGGUCGAUUGGAUGAGGCAGAGCAUGCUUUGAAGAUGGCGCUCAGUUUCCGACCAAAUAUGGCUGACGUCCAUUACAAUCUAGGACUUUUGUAUCAAAGCAGACAUCAGUUUGACGAUGCCAUCCGGAGCUACGAAUUAGCCAUCCAGUUUAGGAGCUCACUAGCAUUGGCCCACCUGAACCUUGGACAGUUACUUGGAAGUCUAGGUCGAUGCGAAGAGGCCGAGAUGGUGUUGACCCGCUGCGCCAACAUCAGCGGCGAAGGCCUCAAGGACCUCCACACCCACGAAUUGACGAGGAUCUCGGCCCUCCUCCACCUGGGCCGCCUCCACGCUGAUCGAGGCCGCUAUCAGGACGCCGUUGACGUAUACAAGAGAGCCGUCAAGGAGAUGCCUCCUUACUAUCAACCCCAGAUCUUAUACAAUCUACUAGGAGAGGCCUUGUCGCGGCUGGGUCAAGUUGAAGCAGCCGAGUAUUGGUACCAGGCAGCUCUGCAGGCAAAACCUGACCAUGUGCCCGCUCAUUUAACUUACGGCAAACUUCUCGCUCGAAACAAAACGAGAAUACCAGAGGCCGAGCUGUGGUUUCAGAAGGCUCAGAAAUUAGCACCAAAGGAUCCUUCCGUGCAUCAACAUUUCGGUCAAUUCCUAGCAGAGCGAGGGAGAUUUCUGGAGGCUGCAUAUCACCUAGUAAAAGCCGCGGAGCUGGCACCGACAGAGUACGAUCUUGUAGUCUCGGCAGCGACCGCCCUGCGUCAGGCGGGGCACGGGCAAAAAGCUGAGCAGAUGUACAGGAGAGCCGUAGAGCUGAAGCCUAUGGAAUCGGGGUCUCACAGCAACCUGGGAGCGAUGCUGCACCUGAACGGGCGCUACGAGGAGGCCAUCAAGUCGUACAGCGAGGCGUUGCGGCUGGACCCCCGGGACUCGACCACCCUGCACAACCUGGAGAAGUUAGAGAAACUAAUGUCCCGACCAAGGGUGAAGACGUGACACAGGACACCCGCCAUCCCGGAGACAUUCCUCUAUUUCCCCGCCCGAGGAAAGCGAACCUAGACCCCUCCAUGGUCAUUCCGCACAGUGGAUCGAGUCAGUAGGAGAGGUCGGACAAAAUUCGGAAACUUUAAACUUCGUUUCACCAAAACCCUGAGGUUUUAAAAGCAGCUCCAUUGGUUUCCUCCUGAAAUUAAGGAGCUUUCCGGGAAAAGGGCACAUAGCAAAAAAUAGCGUUUGAGAAAAAUGCAUUUUAAGUUUCCAUCAUUGAUUUCUGGCCACUGAUGGUACCGGUACCUGCCAUCGUAGCUUGGACUCCCGAUUUCGAACGAAAGUCACUGUCGGUGGCCAUAGAGUAAUGAUCAAAACUUCAAAUGCAUCAUUUUUAAACGCAAUUUUUUGCUUUGUGCCCUUUUUCCGGAAAGCUCUUCAAUUUUCUUCGGCACGCACGACUGGUAAAAAAAAAAAAAAAAAAAAAAAA